AUGUGGCCAGUGAAGAUUCACAUCGCUAACACAAACCCUGUAGAUCCCUUCUUUCAACCGAUGGAAGGGAAACGUCAUGAACCAAAUGAAGUGGAGGAGGAAUAUCAGGAUGAGGAACCUCAUAAUGUCAUAACAGGAGAAAAGUCUAUAAGUUGCUCACAGACUGAAAAUGAUUUCUUUCAGAAAAGAGCAGCCAAAAAAUCAUUUUGCUGUUCUCAAUGUGAAAAGAGCUUCACAUGCAGAGACCACCUUAUGGAUCACUUCAGAAUUCAUACUGGUGAAAGGCCUUACAUGUGUCCUCAGUGUGGAAAGAGUUUCAUUCAAAAAGGAAACCUCAGGAUUCACAUAAGAAUUCACACUGGAGAGAGGCCUUUCGUCUGCCCUCAUUUUAAAGAGCACCAGAAAACACAUACUGGAAUAAAACCUUACAAGUGCUCCCAUUGUGAAAAGAGUUUCGCUCAUUUAGGAACACUGAAAUCGCAUGAAAGUGUGCAUACUGGAGAGAAGCGUACCACUGACUUUCAAGCGGAAUGA